GCCUCAAACUUGUCGGCGACCGGGCCGGGGGUGAUCCGGGCCGUCGCCCGCUCCCGUCCACUGCCCUGGUUCUAUUUCUACCCUCGUGGAAAGCCGCCGGCAUCGCAAUUCCGAGCGCGUUUAGGUUGGGAAUACACUGUUACAAAUCACUUUGCAGAAGGAAAACAAUAGGACUUUCAGGCAUUUGGUGCAGUUUGGGGAGGAGGCAUCAAAACUUGGGGGGAGGGGCAAUAAUUAGGUGCAGAUUGCGAUCAUAUUGGAUCUGGCUGGGUGAAGGGAAAUGAAUUUCAUAUUGCACCAUCACUGCACCUUCCUACGAAAUAUUCUUGGAGCUGCCAGGACCUCGCACAUUCAUUCAAGCCAACUUUGGAGGAGAAUGUAGACUUCAAUCAAUUGAGAAGGGCGAUAUGGAGACGGACUCAAUCAAGUGGGUUGGUUCUCCGUGCGGUUUACACGGAGCCUACAUUUUCUACAAAGCUUUCAAAUUCAGUCUUGAAGGCAGACCAAGAAUCCUCUCCCUCGGAGACUUUUUCUUUGUAAGAUGUAAGCCAGGAGCUCCGAUUUGCAUAGCAGAACUCCAGCUGUUGUGGGAAGAGAGAAACAACAAGCAACUUUUGUCGAGUUCCAAACUCUACUUUCUCCCCGAAGAUACACCCGAAGGAAGGUCGAUCGGCCACGGAGAGGAUGAAGUUGUAGCUGUUUCGGAGAAAGUAGUCGUGAAGCUGGAUGACCUGAUGAAAUGGACGUGCUCAGAUUUCAGCACGUGGACACGAGGCCUCGGGGCUGUGUCACUGAAACCCUCAAAGAGAAAGGAGCUGAGGAUCAAUGGACAAAAGGAAACCUUGCAUCACUACAGACAAUGCACCCUCAACAGUGGCCUCAGUUUCAAGGAUGUGUUAAAAGAAAAGGCUGACCUUGGCACCGAGGAUGAUGAUGAUGAAGAUGGUGAUGAGGCUGACGACACCAAAAUCAUCGUCCUCAGUUACCCGCAGUACUGCCGGUAUCGUACCAUGCUGAAGAGGAUUCAGAACAGAUCAUCCUCCUGGUUGGUUGACCAGUUUGUGAUGGCGUUGGGUGGUAUUGCAAUUCUUAAUGAAAGUACCCGCAUCCUGUACUGUCGCGACACGUUUGAUCAUCCAACUCUGAUUGAAAGUGAGAGUGUCUGCGAUGAGCUUGCACUAAAUCUCAAAGGCCGACCUCGGAAGAAGAAGGCCUGCUCCCAGAAGCGGGAUGCACAAGCUCUCAACAGCUUGAGGGAUUCCAAUGAGGAUUCGGAUGGGAAGAGCAAUCCCAAGUCGAAAUGUGAGCCCAAAACCACGAUGGCAAAACCCAAGAAUAACAACAGCAACUGCAAAAAUAUCGCAGCUGAUGAAAAAUCAAAGGUUGCAGCGGGCGAUGAAUGCAGAGCAGAGGAACAGGCUUUCCUCGUCACUCUUUACAAGUAUAUGAAAGAAAGAAAUACUCCAAUAGAAAGGAUACCGUAUCUUGGAUUUAAACAAAUUAACCUUUGGACUAUGUUUCAAGCAGCCCAAAAUCUAGGAGGAUAUGAAGCGAUAACCGCACGUCGGCAGUGGAAGCAGAUCUAUGAUGAAUUAGGAGGUAACCCUGGAAGCACCAGUGCAGCAACGUGUACUCGCAGACAUUACGAGAGGCUGAUCCUGCCCUAUGAAAGAUAUAUCAAAGGGGAAGAAGACAAGCCCCUACCUCCAGUCAAGCCUCGGAAACAGGAGAACAGCUCCCAAGAGACGGAAAGCAAGAUGAAGGCAGCUGGAACCAAACGGAAAAAUGAACAAAACAGGAAAGUGAAAAAAGAAAAGGAUACCACUCAGAAAAUGAAAGAGUACUCUGAGGCAACUUCAGCGCCACAGUGUGUCCAGGAGAUGGAUGUGUCGAGAGAUACGUUGGUGCCGGUGACGGAAGGAGCGGCGACGAGGUUUGACGCUGAGGCGGAGGAGCAGCACUGCUGUGACCUUGCUGAGGGCUCUGACGGCAGAGUGGGGCAGCCCAAGGACAACGUCGGCAAAGCCAACGACGAGCGGUCGGGUGGAAAGGAAGCCGAGGCGCUGUACUUGCACAGUGGCUCUGCGUCCAAUUCUGGUGAUGUGAUGACGACGCAAAGCCUAGAGGAGGGACAAGUGGGUGCAGAUCCCUCCGCGCCCAGCCGGAAUCUCGAGGCACCACAGCACCCGUCCGACCUGCUGGCGAACAGCAUCCAGGAGGAAACGGCCCCCAAGGUGGUCCCAGCCGAGAGGUGCGCUGAGAGAGACGCGGUCCUACCCGUCCAAGUUGACCAGCCUCGGAAGGAGGAGACUGAAGGUCGUCCAGGGAACAGUCUGCUGCCUGGCGCCCAGAGACAGCACACACGGCCGCCAGGGAGAGUCAACCCAAACCCACCACCUUGCCCUCACAAAGAGAAGGAGGAGGUGCUCGUGACCACAAAAAAUGACGCCUGCCCCAGCUACAUGCCUGUGGUGUACUCCAGAGGACACCCUGGCAUCAUGUCACCACUCGCCAAGAAGAAGUUCUUAUCACAAGUUAGCGGCACCUUGCCCAACAACUAUUCCAUCGGAGCGCCACCCCCAUUACUGGGCAGUAAAAAAAUUGGCGACAGCGGAGAUGAAUCGGUUACAACUGAGAGUAAUUUUUUGCAAGGCUCCUCAUCAGACCAGCUGGCCGUUAAUAGACCUUCUGUCAUCCAGCACGCGCACAGUUUUCAGAAGAGAAGUUCAGAUGAGCGAGGGGAAGCAUUUAAGCAUGAUGGUUUGAAUAAAUUAUCGGAUUCUGAGACAGCGUACCUUUCCAACCAUCAUCGCAAUUGCUCAGACUCAUUCAAAGGUGGCACUCAUUACCCUUUCACCCCUGACCUUCUAGACAACGAAAAUAAAAAUUCUGAGAAGAAAUGUUGCCCACCAUCGCAAGUGUCGAGUUUUCUAGCGGAUUUCUAUUCCUCCCCUCACCUACACAACCUUUACAAACAUACAGAGCACCACCUUAAUAAUGACCAAACAUCGAAAUACCACAAUAUCACAAAGGAUAAGAGUUCAUUAUUUAUGCAGCAUAAAAACCAGGAUGCGGUCUAUGUAAAUUAUCUUCCAACUUUGCACCAACCAGAAAAAAAAUUUGGAGUGAAACCCCCGACGGAGGAACAGCCCACUGACUUGAGUCUUCCAAAGUUGAAGAAAAUGUUGCCCAAGAGCGUGGCUGGCGUGUCGCUUCCUUCAUCGUUGCAGCUGGAUGUUAAAAGCACGACAGCAAGUCCGCAGCCAGUCCAUUCCGACUGCAACCCAAAGGCUUGCCGAGUCCCCCCGAUGCCAAUGGUGGCCAACGCCAAGACCAGUGAAGCCGUUCCUCCACCGCCAGCAAAGAUGGAGGAGGCGGCCAGACCCACGAUGAGUUCCAAAGGUGGUUCGCAGGUCAUUGGGACCACGAAGCCUGUCAAAAGGAGCCGCGAGAGUGCAGACAAUGGAACCAGCGAGAGCCCAGAGAAGAAACUCCGGGCCGUGUCUCCCAUCUCCAAGGACCCGGCCAUGAAAGAAAAGACUUCAGAUCUGGAAGGUGAAAGCAGCAAAACCCUGCCACCAGGGAUUUUCUUGGAGGGUCACAAGUUCCCGCUGCCAACUCCAAUUUUCCCAGGUGUGUAUCCUGGAGCUUUUGUAUCUCAGGUGCAAGAUAUGUGUGAUGGCUUAAGCUCCCAUUUCCCUGUUGACUACGCCCAUCCCUUACAAUACUUGAAGAAUCAAGCUGUGCUGUCACCUCUUAUGCAACCACUUGCUAUCCAUUCCUUCAUGAUACCGGCGAUGCAGAGACAGAUCCUUGCUUCGACCAGCGCUUCCCCACAGCUGUAUAGACAUCUGUCCGCGGCUGCCACCCCAGUUGCAGCCUCCUACGGAGAUAUUUUGCACCAUAGUCUUUAUCCACUAGCUUCUCUGAACCCGCAGGUUGCCUAUUCCACCUCGCCAAUCUCUCCUCUACAUCCCAGCACAAAACUAUAAACAUUUCAUAACGUGAAGGUUGCUGAAAACGUCAAUAAGUGUAGCGUAACAGCCUGACAUUCCACGUUACAUCAUAAGACUUUGUGACUGCAAGCUACCAGCAACUGGUUUAUGUAACUACUUGCAUUCACUCUAGGUGUUGUUAUCAUCUACAAAUCGUAAAGUUUGUUUUUUUUAGUAUGUGUAGUAAUUAUAUUCUUUGUACAUAGAAUCUUUUUGUCUGUGACUUAACACUAUCACCAGUAGAAUAGCAACACAUUUAAUGGGUGUAAAUAUUCACUACAAACAUUUACAUCUUAAUUAAUUUAUGCAACUGUAGUCAGGUUCUAUGUGCCGUUUCUGUUGUUUUAUUGGUGCGUUUCUCACAGUGUCAGAUGAUGGAUGUGUUGAGAAUUGUGUUCUUGUUCCAGAACAGGAUAGACAUAAUAACUACAGGAAGCUCUCUGCAGCUGUAAAUGUCUGUUUGGAUUCUUUUGAAUCCUUUCUGUAGAACCCAUAUGUGGUGUUUAAUUUCUGCACUAUGUAAUAGUGCACCACUUUUUUCCCCACUGUUUUUCUUUGGAUAUAAUUGCCAUUCUCGCAGUUGUUAAGAUCUAGACUUUCACAUUGAUAAAAGCAGAAUCAUUUACAAAAUAAAUUAACUUGACAAGCAUUUGCCUCUUUUAAUAUUGUUUCAAAAUUAAUGUAAAUAUUUCAAAUUGUUUUUCUACUUUCAUUGUUGUCCCCGGCAAUGUUUCAAACCCACUGUUGUUAAAUGCCCACCAACUACAUGUGUUAAAGAUUUGUACAUAAGCUAAUUGUAAUUCAUAAUUGCUGCAUUACAGGAAAAUAAUUUCAUAUUUAGAUUCCGCCCACCUUGCAUUUAAGGUUACAAAAAUAUAGCUGCAAGUGUUCUUUCUGUGGUUUUUCAUAAAGUUUUGUCAAUCAAAUAUUUAAACUAUAAAUCUCUCAUGUAAACAAGGCAGAUUUUGAAAAGAAGCAAGAGUGAAGCUGAAUAAUAAAAUGGAAAAAACAAGAUUCCAUUUUGGCAUCCACUAGCAUUCUGCUGGUUUUGUAAUAAAGCCCCUUCAGUCUAUUCCCGUUGUCUCUGCAGCUGUUGGUGAAGCUUUAAUAAGAUUUGUGUUGAAAUGCAAUUCUGGCUCUUUGUUCAACUCCUGAGCUUGGCUUGAAAUCUUUGGCAGCCUUUUGUUUCUCCUUUAGACUUUGGAAAAUUUCACUUUACUUUUAAAAGUGCCCUCAAAUUAAACAUAGGCAAAUACUUUCAAAGAAAGUCUUUCUUAAACUUAUUACAACAUUUGCUUCUGGAGGACUUAACAUUUGGUUACAAUAAUUUCCUUUCAGUUCCACACUAAACAUGUUUAAUUGAUGCCUCAGUAUUGCAUGUGGUUUUCUGGCAGCCCUACUGCUACAUCAAGAACUAGCUGUGCCUUUUCAUUUCAACAACGCAUUAAAGCUUCAAUAUUUAACUGCACAUGUUUGUUGAUGGUAUACCACGGUCACAUCUGGUCCAGCUUUGUAAAGAGCACUGUGAUCAUAAGUAUUGUGAAAUCAGGAUAUAUUAUUUUUGUUGGUUUCCAUGCUCGUAAUGAUCAUAACGGGCACUUAAGAGAUUGUUUGUGUGAUUGUGGCUGUAUUAGUUACAGAGAGUGUAGUUCUCAUAUGGUUGUUUUAUUCACCACCAUGCAUAGCUUAAAUAUUUUCAGUCUAUAUCUUAUCAGCAAGAUGUUUAUACUGACAUGUUAUUAUUAUAAAACUUGUAUUUUGUAAAUAAUGAACACAUUUCUUUUUGCAUUUUUGUUUUGGUUCUAUAGCACAUUUUCAUGUAUGGUGAUUUGUACAUAGUUAAAAGUGAAGACUGGUAACAUUCAGAUGAGUCCUAAUAGUUUAAGGUUAUUGAGUAACCUUGCAUUAGGUUCAAACUAUAAGUCUAAUGUUGCUGAGCCAAAUGUAAACACUAAAGUUUUGUUUUUGUAUGUUCUUAAAGUGUACUUCUUGGCAAAUGCUUUUGAUACUUUGUGCCAAUAGUUUAUCAAUCACAUAGCUGGCAAAAUAUUUUGUACUUUC